AUGCGUCCUGUCCCGCUUAUCCUGGCCGCCGCCGGCCUCACAGCCGCGCAAACAUCGUCCAACUGCACGGAUGGCCUGUACAUGAUCGUCGCCCGCGCAACAGGCGAGAAGCCCGGCACCGGCCGUGUCGGAGUCGUCGCCAACAACGUCUCGGCCGCGAUUCCGAAUUCCAUCAUCGAGCCGAUCGUCUACCCGGCCACUUUCGCCAAUUACACCGUGUCCGAAGGUGACGGCGUGACGGCCAUGACGGCGGCAAUCAAGGACAGGGUGGCCGCGUGUCCCGAGGGUAAGAUCGCGCUGCUGGGCUACUCGCAGGGCGCGCAGGUCUCGGCGGACACGCUCUGUGGGCGCGACGAUGGCACAGGGACUGCGUUCUCUGACACUCCGGAGCUUGGAGCCGAGUAUGAGCAGAAUAUCGUCGCGGUCAUUAUGUUUGGUGACCCGAGUCACUCUGUUAAUGCCUCAUUCAACCAGGGCAACAGCACGCGGAAUGGGAUCUUUGCGAGGAAUAACGUCACGGCCUGCGAGCCCUACACCAACAAGAUGCGCUCGUGGUGUGACGCCAACGACCUCUACUGCGAUAGCGGGAAUAGUUCUAGGGUGCACGGAUCGUACUUCAACAACACGGCUUACCUAGCCGAUGCAUCGUCUUUCGUAAUCAGCCAAUUUAACCAAGUCGACGCGGGAGCCAAGAACGAUAAUAGCUCAUCGAACUCGACUGAUACUUCCACCAGCAGCGGCUACUCUUUCACAGCGGGUAUGGGACGAUUUCAAGUGGUAUCAGCGGCGCUUGGAACGGCCUGCGGGAGCUUGUUGUUUCUCUUGUUAUAG